AUGGAUCAGACCCAGAUCACCUGUUUCUUCCAGGAUGAAUUGGCCAAAGAUUUCCAAUUUGAAGAUGAUGUGGUCAUCGAGUCUUUGAAAGAGUGCUUGGAACAGUUACGUCGGAACAAACUGGACCAACCUCCACCGCCAACCGCGGAGAUGCUUCCUCGCCGUUCAGUUGGUUCGUUGGGUCCCGAAUCCGUGUGGCAAAGUCAGCCAAACUUGCGCAUUCACGAUUUAGAUGCGGACUUACGCAGUCCAGUUGUCAAACCCAAUCUCCCUGUCGUUUCAACAGACGGUAGCCUGCGUCCUCGUCGCAAACGCGAUCCAAUAGUUCGUAAUGUGGCUUUGAGCCCGAUCUCCCAACGUGGUCCGCUCAAGAUGAUGUCACCGACCUCGCCCACUUUCAGCUCUCCCGGUUUUGCCAGCCCUGCCUCAAUUCUCACGGUGGCCGCUGUGCAGAAUCGUUACAAAGCGGAUCAUCCAAUGGACGUGUUCACACAAUCCGGCUUACAUCCGGCCGCUUUGGGUGAUACCUCUAACAGUCACUCACCAUCUGCUUCGACCACUUCGUCCCAGUCUCCAAAAUAUCUUCGUGCGCGACUGCCCAGUGAUCAUUCGCCCAACUUGCGCUUCUCUCUGGGACAUGCCAGCCCCUCAGUCUCCACUUCCACCUCCGGGUAUGCAACCACCGAAGGACGACGUCAUCGGGCCAUGCGAGACUCGCUCAUAAUCUCUCCUACCUCAUCUAUCGAGAACCCUUUCUCACCCGCCGCCACAGCCUCCACUUCCUCACGUGAUCAUACCCUACAACCCUCUCAGUACAGCUCCUCAGAUCCUGUCAACGGAGUUGUGCUCAUUUCCGUUCGACCUCGUCAAACUCAAGACAGCCGAGAAGUGAACCAGGCCGUCACAAAGGCGUUUGAACGUAUCUAUUUCGAUGAACCGCAAAAUGUACAUCCUAGUUCGAGUAAGUUUUUCGGCGAACUUGUUUUCUCUUCCCACACAUCUAAAAUUCACAGUACUAUAAAUGAUGCUCUGUUCAUCUCAUACUCAUUGUUGAUUAUCGACGUUUUACUGGUGUCUUGA